AUGCGCGGAAUCCUUUGGGUAUUCUCUUGUUGUAUUCUGGCUCACAACGCAUCUGUAGAUGGAUUGCGGCUAAGUCGAGAUGCGUGGACAGUCUUUGCAGCACCAAAUGAACCCGCAGUUGUCUCAUGUAAAGUUAUAACUAAGGAUCCGUCAAAUUUUGCAUGGACGAAAGAAGGGAAUAAUAGAAACGAGAGGAAUGUAGACGAUUCUACGAAAAAGAGCAUGUUUUGGCGGAACAACAAAACUCACAUUACUAUGGAGCUUUACUUCACAAACGUCACAACCGAAGACUACGGAACUUACAGAUGCGUGGUAAUCACAUCGACUAGCCGUACUUCGAUUCCUGUCCACCUCCGAAGAUACCCGAAGGAUUUUACUUGGAUUGGCACAGUUCAUGAACCAGAAUCUGUUCUCGUACAGUGGGACUUCGACUUAUUUUACUCGAGUCAUGUUGAUUCGUUUGGAAUUGAGUAUAGAGAAAAUGGUACGAAUCAACGCCUACGGACACCCCUACUUUCCACACCGACUAGGAUUGUUUCUGCAGGUUCCUACAUCAUAAAUGCAUUGAAACCCAACACCGUCUACGAAUUCAGGGGCCUUAUUUCAGACCCAAGGGAUCUGAUUUCCGACAAAGAUUCUUACGCAUUUUCAAGAUGGGUGACGACGUCCGAUAAAGUUUCCGAGCGGAUAGUUCCAGAUCGUAAUACUGUUAUUGUUGAAUCACACGAACGUGCAGUUCUCUCGUGUGACGUGACAGGGAAUCAAAUGACAAACUUUAUCUGGCAGCACAAGGGAAAUUCAAAGAAAUCAACCAGCAUUUGGUGGAACAAUAAUACUCACGUCACAAUGGAACUGGACUUUGCAAGCGUCACAAUCGACGACUCUGGAGAUUAUAUAUGCCAAGCGAACAGUUCCGGUCAUCUUGUGUCAGCGCAGAUUGUUUUCCAAGUCGGAGAAUUUCAUUUUGCCCCUUUCAAGGUCGGGGCCAUUGGAACAGAUCGUAUUUACAUCAGUUGGAAUUAUACAAAUAUCAUCAGCGAUCUUUUCAAUUACUAUAAUGAAUAUGUUGAACUUACAAUUAAAUACAAGGAAGAUAGUACAAAUCAAUGGCAAGGACCAGGGCAAAUUUUUAAUUCAUCCAUUGAUCCAGCUGCAAGUAACUACGUUAUAAAUGAAUUGACGAAUCGCACUCUCUAUCAAAUCAAGAUAAUACUUGAUUCAUACGAUCGACAAUUUCAUGGUGUGGUAAAAUCCUUCGUUCUUUCAAAGAGGGUUACGACGUUCGAGAAAGACCUGGAUUACGUUCCAAGUGUGCGUAUCGUGAGAAGAAUUAUGGACACAAUAACGAUCCAAUGGUCGCAGCCACCGCCAGAGCUUCUCGAAUACGUUGACGCCUAUCUCAUAUCAGUGGAACACGGUAACAAGAUGGAAAGAAAUUUUCGUUGGGAAAAAUAUAAGGCUGCAGAUUACGAUGAAGCGGAUGUCUACCUUUCGCCUUCAAUCAGUCAUGACUUGCAGGUGCGAGCUUGUUUCGACGAUUACUGUCCCGAUAAGCACGCAAGUGCUGUCAUGAAAGACGUGAUGACCAGUGAUAGAGAUGGAAGACAACACUUGCGUGCAGAGCAACAUUCGGAAUCUGGUAUGGAGUUUCCAGUACUGGAAAUCAACGUGACUCGAGAUGAAAAAGAUAUUACUACAAGCAGCAAUGCCUCGUUCACUUGCAGCAUAAGUGUUCAAGGAUACGAGGGUUGGUGGACAAAGAAAGAGAACCACGUCAAGUCUCUCAAUUAUUACAACAGUGAGAUCAGUUGGACUAUAAAUGUGGAAGACGCUAGAGAAGGAGGCAGAUGCGUUUACACCUGUGAAGCGAGGAUGUCGGAUGAUUUGCGAACGAUUGGAACAAUGAUUGUCACACUGAUACUGCCAGCAGAAAAUAUAAUCGUAAAUGCUGAAAUGGUGUACGCGAGGCCUCACUAUCCAACUGCUCUGUCAUGUGACUUCUUUGGAUAUCGGCUGUGGAACUUCAAGUGGCGAAAGUUCUGGGAUUAUGACAGACAGAAAUUCGACGAAAUCUUCAGUGUAUUGAGGCUCAACGACACACACAUCAGAGUGAUGCUAUCGAAUCCAACUCACAACGUGAUGUUAGAAACUGGGAAGUACGAGUGCGAGGCAACAAAUCACAGACUGGAUUACAUCCGCGGAUCCAUUCGUCUCGACGUCGCCAACGAAUCACCGUUGCAAUUGAACGCCUACACCAUUGGGUCGAAGCUCGUUUAUUUGCGAUGGUUCGACAUCGAGUACCGAGGAGAUACGCAUCUGGUACAGUCUUUGAAAAACGGUUCUCAUGACUGGCAAGAUACGUUUUCGGUUCCAGUUACAGGAAACAAAUUCUAUAGUGGCUACGUUGUGAGGCAGUUGACACGCAACGCUUCCUAUUGGUUCCAACUGGUUGUCAUCAGCGCGGGUAAAAGACUCGCAAGCACUUAUUCCAGCUGGAUCACGCCUACGGAUGAAGACAUUGUUUACUUCCCGAACAUCACCGUGACCUCGAAGUCAACAAAUUCGAUAGCCAUCGAAUGGCCGACGCCGCCAGAAGAGCUAGGCGAUCACAUAAAGGUGUAUCGUAUAUCGAUCAGCUAUACGUACUCUGGAAAUGAAACUGGUUAUUCACGAAAUACUACGCAAACUCAUUUUGUUUUGGGCAAACUUCAGCCUUCAACUAGCCAUAACCUGGAAGUAAAAGCUUGCUUCAGCGACGUUAGUACGGAUUGUUAUUCGAGUGACGUUCGGAAAGGAGUUUUCACCAACAGCAUAGAUGGGGAAAAAAUUACUCCAAAGGAGACAUCCGGGACACUAGUCGAAACAUGGGUAGCUUCAACGGGAUCAGUUUUGCUCCUUCUCAUCGUUCUCGGAGUCUGGCAGAUUUACAGAAAAGCAAAGAAGCGGAGGAUUGUUAGAGAAAGACUCGCUUAUUUCUAUAGCGAGGAACCGAUUUUUUUCAAUCCAGAACUGGCCAUCAGUGAUCAGGCCGAUUUAUUGCCUUACAAUAAAAAAUGGGAAUUUCCACGGAAGCUGUUAAGACUUGACGAGGAACUGGGAAGUGGCUCAUUCGGAAUAGUGUGGAAAGCCAGGGCGAAAACAAUCCGUCGACCCGAGGCGAUCUCGGUCGUUGCAGUCAAAACGGUCCGACCAACAGCCAGUCUCCGCUGCAUGAAAGCUCUUCUUCGCGAACUUAAAAUUCUCAUCUACCUCGGUCACCAUCCCAAUAUCGUGAGCCUCCUUGGAGCCUGCACUAAGAAUCUUGAUUAUGGCCGACUCUUGGUCAUCGUGGAAUUUUGCCGCUUCGGGAACUUGCAUGACUACUUGUGGCGCUGCAGGUCAAAGUUCGUCGACGAAUUGGGUACCGACUCCAAGGAAAUCCCUGAUUCCAAUCCUGACGCUGAUCCGAUCAACGUUGAAACGACUAGAACAAACUCGGCACUACGUUAUGGUGAUGCCACUUCAUUUGUAGAAGAUCCAUGUGACAGUGUCGAUCAUCCGGGUACCAAUAUGAGGAUGGAAGAUUUGGCCACCGGCAGUAACUUAGAACCAGUUGAAGUCAAGCCGCCAUCGAAGUACCCGGGUGAUUUCACGAAUGCGGAAUUGGAUCCGGUUCGCACGCGAGACUUGGUGUCUUGGGCUUGGCAGAUUUCACGCGGAAUGCAAUAUCUUGCUGGGAAAAAGGUGCUGCACGGUGACUUGGCAGCGAGGAACGUACUGCUUUCCGAAGACAACAUCGUCAAAAUAUGUGACUUUGGUCUGUCCAAGUCCCUCCAGGAGGACGAUGAUUACAAGGAUGAGGGAAACGAUCCUCUUCCUGUAAAGUGGAUGGCCAUCGAAUCGCUCAGAGACGGGAUAUUCUCGGUGAAAUCAGAUGUCUGGUCUUUCGGAGUCGUUUUGUGGGAAUUGUUCUCGCUCGCCAAAACUCCUUACCCCGAAAUUAACCCCCAAGACAUGUGCGAAACACUUGUCGGUGGUUAUCGAAUGGAACGACCGAAGUACUCACCCGAGACUAUCUAUCGGACGAUGCUGCAAUGCUGGGAAGCGGAUCCGUCGAAACGACCCACGUUUGUGGAACUUGAGCGCAGCGUCGGUAAUUUGAUGGAGGAGAACGUCAAAAUGCAUUACAUCCAAUUGUAUACUCGACGCGAAAGGGCGUAUGCUCGCAUUACGGAAUUCCGGAAUACACAGGACUCCGAGAAUCAGGAUCCAACCCUCCCGGAUCCAAUCGAACCGACAAACGUCAAUCAAGGUAAGCGAUUACUGGAGUGCAGUAAGAAGUGGAUUGAUUCUACGAUGAAGACAUUUUCUCAAGGAAUUUACGGAAGAGCGUUGUUUGAGACUAUAAAACGACUGAGAGAACCCCAUUCUGGAUGCGGUUCAAGCAGUUCUUUUGCCGGCGGUAAAUGA